AUUCAAGGCUUGUACUUUGGCUGGUUUUUUUCCUGACUGUCUGGGCGUUUUCGGAAGGGUCUCGUUUCUUCUCGGCAGAUCUGCUGCCGGAAAGGUAGGCUCCAGGACCUAAAUGCUUUCGGACAGGAAGAUGUAUUCAGUGUUGAAUAAACACCAAAACGGGAGCGGGUUUAAGCCACUUCCCGUAGUGAUCAUAGGGAACGGACCUUCAGGAAUCUGUCUGUCCUAUCUGCUGUCAGGCUAUGUCCCUUACUUCAAAAGGGACUCUCUUCAUCCUCAUCCCAUUCUGCAGAGGAAACUGGAAGAGGCACCAGAUGUCUCCAUUUUGGACCAGGAUUUGGAAUAUCUCUCUGAAGGCUUGGAGGGACGAUCCCACAGCCCCGUGGCUCUUCUGUUUGAUACUCUUCUGCGUCCAGACACAGACUUUGGUGGAACAACAGAAUCUGUCCUCACUUGGUGGCAUGAGGCCAACAGAGCUAUCCCCCACCUGGUCCUUGGCAGAAACCCUCCUGGAGGUGCCUGGCAUUCUAUUGAAGGGUCUAUGAUUACCCUGAGCAGAGGGGAAUGGAUGGGACUCCCAGAUCUCCAGUUCAAAGACUGGCUGAGGCAAAAGAGAAGAGGCCUUAGAAACAAUAGAGCCACGGCAGAAGACAUUGCUCAAUAUUACCAACAUUAUGUGAUGAAGAAAGGGCUGCAGAAGAACUUCAGAAGUGGCACUGUUGUGACCUCUGUGAGGAAAGUGAGCGCAGAGAGCAUCUCCAGCCAUGCACAGAAAGAUCUGCAGGAGAAAAGUGACUCACUCUGGAACUUCACUGAGGAAAGUAUGGAGGUCUUUAAAGUAGAUGGAGUUUUCAAAACUGUGAAAGGUGACCAGGAACCCUUCUCCAUCUAUGCAGAGAAUGUGGUCCUAGCUACAGGAACAUAUGAUAGUCCCACUUGGCUUGGGGUCAAGGGAGAGAACCUUUCCUAUGUCCAUCACCAGCUGUCUGCCCUAGAGGAAGCAGUGAAGAACAGCAGUGUUGGCAUCAUGUCAGAUCCAGUCUUGAUUGUGGGUGCUGGUCUGACAGCUGCUGAUGCGAUUCUUUUUGCUCACCACUGCAACAUUCCAGUAAUCCAUGUUUUUCGAAGAACAGUCAACGAUCCAGGUCUUAUCUUUAACCAGCUCCCCAAAGUGAUGUACCCUGAAUACCACAAAGUCCAUCAGAUGAUGAAAGAACAGUCAGCUGCUUGUUCUGGGCCCUAUGAGUGUUACGUUAGCCUUCCUGAACAUCAUGUGUUAUCCUUUGGCAAGGACAAGAAAUGUAUCCUUCAAGGCAAGAAUGGCUACCAGAAGGUUUAUAAAAUUUCCAUGGCUCUUGUUCUCACUGGCUCAAACCCCAACCUCUCCUUUCUGCCAAAUAAUGGCAUUGACUUGGCAGUGGACAGUGACCAACCAGUCAAUCCCAAGAGGAAUCCCAUAGAUGUUGACCCAUUCACCUAUGAAUGCACUCAGGAGAAGGGGCUUUAUGCUCUAGGACCCUUAGCUGGGGACAACUUUGUGCGCUUUGUUCAGGGAGGGGCUCUGGCUGUUGCCAGCUCUUUGUUA